AUGAAGGUAUUCAUCGCCGCCGCCCUCGUGGCCGUUGCCGCCGCUGCUCCUGCCAACAGCUACGUCCCGCAGCCGACGUACUCUCAUGGCCCGAGCUACCGCCAGCCGUCCUACAAGGAGCCGGACCACUACGACACGCCCUACCAGUUUGAUUACGCUGUCAACGACCACUACUCUGGUGCCGUCUUCUCCCAGAACGAGAACAGCGACGCCAAGAAUGUCGUGACCUACACUGGCGAGCCCCACUACGAGGAGCACAAGCCAAGCUACCACCUGGCCCCGGCCUACAAACCCGCUCGCUCUUAUGCCCCGGCCCCGGCCUACAAGCCUGCUCGCUCGUAUGCCCCUGCCCCGGCGUACAAGCCUGCUCGCUUUUAUGCCCCUGCGCCGGCCUACAAGACCAAGUACUAAACACCUAGUGCUUUCUGGUGUGUGAGAACCUAUUUAUAAUAUGCAGCGAAAUUGCUCU